GGAAGCGAUCUAUUUAUUUGCUUGCCGUUCCCAAAAUAUUCAAUUUAAAUACUGUAUUUAGUGUCGCAAGAUAUCAAAUAAUAUAUCAGUUCUAUCGGCAUUAGUUAUUUGACCAUCUUAGAUCACCGAAGAUGUCAUUCGCGGCCGCAACUGAAGAAAUCGACGAGGUAAAAGAGAGGGCCCACUUCGUCGCCGUUGUGAACGCAUUUAAAUACUACAAAUUAUGCAGCCUGGACAGAAUACACAAGUCGGAAAAGAUCAUAUCCAUGCUGCCCAUAACGCACCAGCGGCGCCUCGACAAAUACAAGACUUACCUGACCAAAUUCAAACAGUGCCUUGAUGUGAACAAUACCAUAGUCCACCUGAUCAUCAAGGAUGUGGACACUAUGUUCGAGAAUGUGGACCAUAGCAAUAGUAUGGAGAUAGGCACGAAUGGGGAGAGCUUUGGAUGCAACUAUAAUAACUGUGAGAUCGCCUCACAGAAGCAGCAUAAGAUGCAGCAUGAUGUUGAGAAGGUGCAAUCGGUGCUAAAGAACAUAGUGAGAGACUGGAGCGACAUAGGCGCCGCGGAGAGGGAGCAGUGCUAUACGCCAAUACUCAACGAGCUGGAGGAACGGUAUCCGAAAGAGGAGUACAGCGACCGCGGCCAGGUCAAGGUGUUGGUUCCGGGGGCGGGGCUGGGCCGGCUGGCCUGGGAGACAGCGGCGCGAGGCUUCGCGUGCCAGGGCAACGAGUUUUCGCUGUUCAUGCUGUUUGCUAGCAACUUUAUACUCAACAGGUGCCCGGAGGCCAAUAAAUACACAGUACACCCGUGGGUGCACCAAUACGUGAACAACGUGACAUGUGACCAUCAACUGCUGGCUGCACAGUUUCCGGACGUGCGACCUUCUGGGGACAGACCUAACCAUAACUUCUCGAUGACCGCUGGGGAUUUUCUUAAGGUAUACACAGAGGCCGAGGAAUGGGACUGCGUGGCGACGUGUUUCUUCAUAGACUGUGCACCUAACGUCAUAGAGUUCGUAGAGAGGAUCUACAGCAUACUGCAGCCUGGGGGCUUCUGGAUCAACCUGGGACCACUACUGUAUCACUACAGUGAUAUGACGACAGAGAACAGCAUCGAGCCUCCAUACGAUAUACUACUGGACAUCAUCAGAGAUGUGGGCUUCGAUAUAUUGAAAGAACAGACCGGCGUGAAGACGAAAUACGCACAAAACCCAAACUCCAUGAUGCAGCACGAGUACGACUCAGUUUUCUUCGUGUGCAGGAAGCCUUACUGCUAAUAUACACGGCCGAGGCGUAAACUGUCAUAAGUAAGAUUUUUGAAAAUUUUAAACAUGGCGCAUUUGACAGCAAAUUGGUACAUACACGUAAGUAAAAAACCUGCAAUUCAUAAUGUAAUUCUGCAAUGCAAAAAGUGUUAAAAAUUGUCACCUGGCCAAUUUUUUUUUGGAUUUUCGAGAAAGUCAGGUACCGUUUAAGUAAGCGAAAACUCUUAUGAAAUAAUGCUUUUUUUUUAAUAAACAUUAUUGUCAAGAAGUUUUUUUAUAAUGGACAUAGUUUGAUGCCAUUUGUCGAUACGAUAACAUGGCGUUUUCUAACGUCAUAAAAAAUAUAAAAUCAGAUAUUGUUUACGUUCAUAUUUGUUAAAUUAAAAGUGCAUUCUUUUACUUCCUAACUGACAUCAAUGUAACAUUGCAAUUUUUCUCUUGAUUACUUAUGAUAAAAUUAAAGUUUGUACAAAUAAAAAAAUGUUAUAUAGGGUGUAUUGAAACUGCACCUUCGAUUUAACAUUGGCAUUUAUCUCUGUUUCAUUUGUUUUAAAAAUCAAGUUUGAAAAAAGUAAUUUGUUACAUAGGAGGUUUUGAAACUGAACCUUUGAUUUGUGAGGUAAGCAAGUGGCAUCAAACUUUGAACAUUAUCCAAUCGCAUUAAGGUCGAAAACCGUGAUAACAUAUGAUACGGCAUAUUCCACAAUGAAGAAAAACAAAUACGGGUAUAC